AUGAAGGCUCAUUCAUCUCCGAUAAGAUCGGGAAGUAGUAGUAAUUACGCAACCAAUCAUGGAGAUUUGAAGGACGCCAUUUGUUUAUUAGAGGACCGAUUGUACUGGAUCUCUCUAAGGAGAAUGCCGUUGUCUUUUGAAAAUCCAUCCUCAAUAUUUGUAAUGCUAGACGAUCAAUAUGUUUAUGAGCCGUUUUGUCAUGAUUUUGGACCUGUAAAUAUUGGAUAUACUAUUAAAUUGUGCAGACAUGUGGAUCAGUUGUUGAAGACCACUCCAAAGAAAAUAUAUCUCGUCACAAGUUAUGAUGGGCAAAAGAGAGCCAACGGAGCGUUCAUGGCUGUUGCUUACUUGGUCAUUUCUCAACAAAAAUCACCUGAAGAAGCCUGCAGACCCUUUAAUACUGUGUACCCUCCUCUAAUACCAUUUAGAGAUGCUUCUCAGUCUCUUUCAACAUUUAAUUUAACCCUGUUAGAUUGUUGCAAAGGUUUGGCUAAAGCCAUAUCCUUAAAUUUCCUCAAUUACGAACGUUUUGAUGCUGACGAAUAUCUGAAAUUAGAAAAAGUGGAGAAUGGAGACAUUAAUUGGGUGGUUCCUGGAAAAUUCAUUGCGUUUUCAUCUCCCUCCAGCAGACGUAUAACCAGCGAUGGAUUUGUUCAUUUGACACCCGAUGAUUAUAUUGUUCCUUUUAAGCAAUGGAAGGUCACAGCCAUUGUUCGCCUAAAUCGACCGCUUUACGAUCGAAAGAGAUUUGUCAGCGCAGGAAUGAAUCAUUAUGACCUGUAUUUUCCAGACGGUAGCACUCCAUCUGAUGACAUAGUUAAGAAGUUCCUGAAAAUAUGCGAAGAAGAAGGGGUUGUAUCGGUUCAUUGUAAGGCAGGUUUGGGACGAACAGGAACCAUGAUAGCUCUUUACAUGAUGAAGCAUUAUAGAUUUACAGCCACUGAAGCCAUAGCAUGGCUUCGAAUUUGCCGACCAGGAAUGGUGAUCGGAAUUCAACAGCAUUACCUCCAAGAAAAGCAAAGCAAAAUGUGGAAUGAGGGAAACUUGUAUCCACUUAAAACAGUGUCACUUAAUGUUGCUUUUGAAAAAACUCGAUCUGAACGAUUUCUGGAGCAUCAUUCAGCAAAGCCACAUGUUCCUCAAAAGCCAAAGACAGCUUACACGCUUCCAUUGGAGCAAAUUCGAAAAGCCCAAAAUGAUGAACGAGCUCUAAAGUCAGCAAGAAGUUAUCCACAUGAAACAACAGAAUCGACUCCAUCCACACCAAAGCGUUUUCAACUCUCACAGUCAGCCAAAGCAACACCUCCCACACCCAAAGAACCAGUAACUCCUCCUUCGAAACGCACAGACGUUGAAUCUCUAUUGGACUCUGUGAAAGAUUCUCCAAUCGCUCCAAUCAACAUUCGAUAUGAAAAAAGGUCGAAAGAUUCCAGCAUUACCAAAUCAAGCCCACUUACAAGAUCCAGUACUGUAAAGCCUAUGACCACCAAAGGUAUGGGAAGAAUAUUGCAAAGUCAAUCAUUGAGAGAAAAAGCCCAACGAUCGCUCACACCUCCAAAAAACUUUUUCAAAACCUAUAGCCAUCUUGCAAAUAGUGCGACAAAUUCUCUCAAUCUUUCUGGUGAUAGUGCAAGUGCGUUACAAAUUCCUCUCAAGAAAACUCAUCAUAUUGAGGCCUUCAACGAGAGAAACCCUAGAGAUAACUUCCUACUUGUUUCUUCUCACUACUAA